AUGAUUCCAGAUUCUUACAUACCACCAUUAAGAUUCAACCAAGUUCAACCUAAUCUAUAUAGAGGAGCGUAUCCACGAGAACCAAACUUUGCAUUCCUUGAAACAUUACAAAUAAGAACCAUAAUUGCAUUAACACCAAAUCCAAUAACCAUGGAAACAGAUCCAAUAUAUUAUCAAUUUUGUAAAUCAAACAACAUAAAUAUAGUCCAUUUUGAAGUUGGGAAAUCAGGAAAGGGUAAAAAAAGAGGAGUCCCAUUGGAUUAUGAAUUAGCUUUAAUGGCUCUUCCUUAUCUUAUACAUUAUCAAUAUCAAUCUGUUUAUAUUCAUUGUCUUAAUGGAGGGCAAGUUACUAGUUUGUUAGUUGCUUGUUUGAGAAAAUUGCAGUUAUGGUCUGCUAUUUCUAUAUUCAAUGAGUUUAUUAAUUUUACUACUAAUAUUACUGUUAAUGAUCGUAAUUUUGUUGAAAGUUUCACGGGCGAGAUUGAAGUUGAUGAGGAGGAUAAGGUUGAUUGGUUAUGGGUUGGGGUUAGUAAACAUAUUAUAAAAAAUCAUCCAAAAUUGCAUAUAAUCGAUAAGAAACCGAUAUAG